CAUUAUUCUAAUCAAUCGAUAAUUUGUCUUAAAAUUGUGUUGAUAGGGAAUCUCGUUUGAGCAGGAAAAACCUGAGGCAGGAGAAAUUAUCGAAGGUUGUGCCAAAUAUUUAGUUCGAGUUGCCAAGAUAUUUAAAUAAUAGUAUUAAGUAAACAUUACACAUAGUUUUCACCUUUUGCUUAGAGUUAUCAAAAAUUCGAGUUAUCGGAGUACCACUGGAUUAACCACAAUAACAGAAAAAAUAUUUAACUAAAAUAACAAAAUUUUACGUUUUUAUUAAUAUCUCAUUUUUCUAAUUAGGACUAAUUAAUUUGUUUUAAACAACAAUUUUACUUUCAGUUUGCAGAUUUCAAACAUUACGAAUAGAGAGUCACUGGAAUGUAAAAUAUGUCUCCGUAUACCAAAAUCUUCCGUGUACCAGUGCGUAAAUGGUCACAGUUUUUGUUGUUUGGAUCAACUGAGGCAUUGUCCUGUGUGCAGAGUUGACUUCACAAUACUACGUAGAAAUUAUAAGUUAGAAAAGCUGAUAAAAUCGUCAAAAUGUUACUGCGAAAAUUUGGAAAAGGGAUGUAGUGAACCAUACGAUGCCCUCAAACUUGAUGAUCAUGAAAAGUACUGCAAGUACGGCCGAGGAGCUUGUCCUGUUUGUUUUGAUGAAUGCGAAGUUUUAAUAGAUCACUUAAUUGAAAAUCACCACGGUUAUUUUGUUGAUACUACCUAUUUGAAACUAAGAAAAUCAUUUGAAGUGGUACCACUCAUUCAUGAAGCUUCGCAAAAUAUAUUCGUGUUUAACGUGAUAAUGGAGGGUAACGAAAUAAGGUUCCAGCCACGUGUAAAAGCCGGACAGCAGUAUCGUUAUAAAGUUCAAAUCAACCAGGACUUUAACGAAGGAUAUUUUAUUUCUUGCGAGCAAUUUAAGAACGAUUUACUGAAGUUGAAAACGCAGAAUGUCCUUAGCAGGUGUUUUAUGGAAAAUGUGAUUUGUUUCAUAGAUGUGAAAAUAUUCGAGAUAAAUUUGGAUUUUACACAAACUUUUCGAGCGACAUUGUCGAAACGUAAAUUUGAUAAAGUUGGUGAAUCACAUGUAUAUGAAAAGUCUGAUGCACAUAGUUUUAUUGGAAAAUUUUUAUUGGCAAGACGUCGUCUCAGAACAACUCCAAAAAAUAAUAUAUCAAUAAAGGUUUCAACUAUCCCUGAAGGAUGUAUUCAGUACAUCGACAACGAAUAUUUUAAAAUUACAUUUUCCAAGAAAGGAAAUAACAUUCUUUUUCAAUCGUUUGUAAUGAGGAAAACAGAUUAUUGUUUGAAUAUAAUACUGUUUAAUGAUGUUGGUUUCCCAAUUAACAAAUGGACUUUUAAUCGAAAAGCAGCUGAUUCAUACUUUGCUUUUACAGAUCUUCGACCAAGAUAUUUUGUCUACAUCAAUUGUGUACGAAAGAAACAUUAUAAGAAUCCUAAAAUAAUUGUCAAAAAGAGAGUUGAACAUAUAGAAGUAAAGAGAAAGAGAAUGAAUUUUUAGAUAUAUUUAGUAGAUUUGUUUAGUUAAUAACUGAAUCAUAAAUAAUUCGUAUAUUGUAUUUUUCUAUUAUUGUUUAUAUUUUUAUAUAAUAGUUUUUAUUUUCAAACAAUUAUACUUAAAAUAAUAAAUAUUUGAAUAAUAUGUAUAUGAAUUAAUAUGUUAUUUAUAUGAAUUAAUUAUUUAUUAUAACAAUUUUUUUUUAAUUUAAU